UCAGCUAUAGAUAGAUAGCUGUUGAUGAAAAGAAAAUGAUGAAUUGCCAAAUAACAAGAAAUAAAAUGACCAAUAUGAUGGUUGAACCAUUUUCAACAUGGAAACCAAAAUUUCUGUUCAUUUUUUUAUUGUUGAUGUUUUUAUUGCCAUUGUAUUGCACACUUUCGGUUGUGAACAUUACGGCAAUUAGUCAUUCAAAUGCACACGAACAAAUUGUAACAUCAUCAUCCACCUCCGUCUCUACAAUAGUUCCGAUAACAACGGUAGUAAACAUUAGUGACCGCUCAUCUUCCAUACGCCCUCGUAGAUAUCUUCAUCAUCAAUUAAGAGAUUCCACCUUUUCUUCUUCCAAUUAUUUUGAUAGUUUGCCAUCAUUAAAAUCGCCAAUAGAUUAUCAUUGGACUAAUCAUCUUUAUUAUGAUGAUGAUAAUGAUGAUUAUGAACAUUAUAACCAUGAUAGUAAUGGCGGUCCUGAAUAUUCAGGUCCAAUUUUUAUUAUCGAACCUAAUAUUGCAUCUGGUUCAGAACGAUAUUAUGAUAACCAAACAUUACGAUUAACAUUGACAUGUAAAGCUCAAGGAUAUCCAAUACCAAAAAUAUAUUGGCGAAUCGAUAAUAUAACCAUGAUGAAUCAUCAUUUGAAUCAACAGGAUAUGAAUACAAUGAUGAUUAUGGAAAGUGAAACUGAAUAUAGCUGGGAUACACCACAAUAUUGGCCUCAUUUGAAUGCAAUGGUCACACUGAGAAAUGAUGGACAAACAUUGAUUAUUGGUGGAUCAUCAUCAUCAUCAAUGAACAACAAUGGUAAUAACAAUAAUCUCAAUUAUCAUCAUCAUCAACACCAUCUAUAUCAGAUGGGGAACAAUUAUAAUCAUUAUUCAUCAUCAUUUCAACAGCCAUAUAUGACCAUAUCACAUCAGAUUGAGUGCCUUGCCGUUAAUCGUUUUGGUUCAAUCAUUUCGAGACCAAUAAUCAUUUCACAACGUCAACAAGUUUUCACUAACGGAUUGAAUCGAAGCUCAUCAUCACAGUCUCAGUCAUUAUUGGCAAAUUCUUUCCUCAAACCUAUUGGACAACAUUCAGCAACGAAUAACGGAAAAUUAUUCCAUAAUAAUCAACAUCUCCAUAAUAAUAUAGCCUCUGGUCGGGAAAUGAUGUUAGAAGCAAAUCAAGAAGAUUCCGUGACAUCAUCAUCAUCAUCAUCAUCAUCUACAAUAACAGCUCAAACAUCAGAAUCGUCGAAUACAAUCGACCACAUACAAUUAUAUGACGAAUUUGUAUCUCGAGGCAAUGUAGCAGUGUUGAAGUGCCUUGUUGUUGUCAAUACAGCCAAUGGUGUUAGUCAUUUGAUGUCAGGUAAUAGUAAUGGUGGUGGCAGUAACUCUGUUGUUACAUCAUCAUCAUCAUCCGGAACAUCUUCAUCAUCAUCCUCGACAUCCGGUUCAACAUCAUCAUCAUCAUCAUCAUCAUUUCAUCACCAUUAUAAUCAUCCGAAUUUAUAUCGAAAUUAUCACUUAUCAUUGAAUGUCAUAUUUGAAUGGCGUAUUAAAAAUGGUCCUGCCGCAAGUCCAUUACCACCAAUCGAUCCAAUCAUGUUGAUUCGUUCGAAUCAAACACAAGGAAAAUAUACGGCAUAUCCAAGUGGUGAGCUACAUGUACGAGAUGUUGAUGAACAUGAUGCAAGACGAACCUAUCAAUGUGCCGUCUAUCAUCAUCAACAAUAUCAGUAUAAUAAAAAAUCACAACAACGAUUUUCAGGUAAAAUAAUAAUGUAA